AUGGCCCAUUCGUACAGAGCCGUCUACCCAAGCGACAUUACCGUCUCACCAGACAUCAUCCAGUUCUUCGAGGACUUUUACCGCAUAUCAGACAUCCCGGGAGAACACCAGCAAUACGUCGGCCAAUUCACCCAAGAUGCAAUCUUCAUUCUCGCCUCCAAAAAAGCACAAGGAAAAGACGAAAUUAUGACUGCGAGAAUCGCCAUGUGGUCCGCAGUAGCGUCCCGCAGGCACACCAUCGGCAAGGUGUUUCCUUUUUCUAAUGACUCUGAUGAAUUCAUGCUGUACGGGUCUGUCGCCCUUGGAUUGCGCAAUGGCGCAAAUGCAGAUGUCGAUUGGGCUGCGAGGGCCAACAUUAUCAAGUCGCCCGAUGGGAAGUGGAGGAUGAAAUUUUACCAGGUUUAUCUUGACACUGGAGCGAGCAGAGGGUAG